UCACUCAAUCUCCCAAAUGCUGCUCGUGCUCCCGCUGCUCGCUCCUCCAUCGAUUAGAGCCACGCCGCUCCUCCCGUUCUCCGUCCACUUCAACGGCGCUCAUCCAGUCGGCCACACAGAGAGACGCAAGACGCGAUCCGAGACCAAACGAGUCCCAAAAUCCAGAUUAGUUAUUGUUGAUUACAACAGACAGCAGUUGAUGCCAGGGUGGAUUCCAAGAAGAUUAGGAGGUGGUUUCUGUGGUAAGAAGGAAUCUGGACAACUUCGUUUUGGAGGACGAGAAAAACCAUUUCGAGCUCCCCCGCGUCCAAUCCCGUAUGACGAGCUGGAGAGACUUGGGAAUGAAUUGGGGCGAAAGGAAUGAACUUACUUAAGCUUCAUUUUGGUUGCCUGUACUUUUUUGCUUAUAAACUAUGAUUUGUUUUUGGUUUGUAACUUAAUCUGAAUUCAUUCGGAAGUUUGGUUUAUAAAACUUAACUUAUUUCA